AUGCGAGCGAAAAUUUCAUAUUAUUUAUUUACGUGUAACAUUCAUCGAUCUAAUCGAAUUCGUCAAUUAACUACAAUGUGUUCGAACAAAAGAGGAGCCUUAAUAGUCGUAGAAGGCGUAGAUAGAUCGGGAAAAUCCACACAAUGCAAAAAACUCGUAGAAGCCUUGGAACAAGCCAAUUUUCCUGCGAAGUUGAUGACUUUUCCUGAUAGAACAACUUUAACCGGCAAGCUAAUAGACGAUUACUUAAAAAACAAAGAUUGUAAGUUAAACGACCAAGCUAUACAUCUAUUAUUUUCGGCCAAUCGAUGGGAAAACGUCGAAAAAAUGAAAUCGUUGAUAAACUGUGGAGUUACGCUCGUCAUAGACAGGUAUUCUUAUUCAGGGAUUGCUUUCUCCGCUGUAAAGAAAGUAAUGAACUUGGAUUGGUGUAAACAACCGGAAAACGGUCUCCCGAAACCGGAUCUCGUGUUUCUGUUAACAAUAAGCCUGGAAGAAAUGCUAACUAGACCGGGCUUCGGAAAUGAAAGAUACGAAAACAUGUCCUUCCAAAACAACGUGGCAAACAUGUACAACUCGUUAUGCAGCGAUAAGGAUAAUUGGGUGAAAAUUAACGCAGCAGGUUCAAUAGAAGAAGUCCACAAGAAACUCGUUGAUAUUUCAUUGAACACAAUAAGAGAAGUCGAAUCUUUACCUCUCAAGUCUUUGUAUUUCGAAAAAAGUUAA